AUGUCCGAAGACAGCGCCCGGGCCUUUCUAGACCCCCGGAAACUCUUGACCCCCAUGGUCGCGGCCGUUAAUACGGCAUACCAGGCAGCCCUCGAGUGCCAGCCUAUGCCGCCAUGGCUCCGGAACGCGCUCAUCCUCUCCGGCCUCGCACUCGCGACCUUUUCCGUCAACAACCUGGCCAUGCUCUGGACAGCCAAGACAUUCCUCCUCAACAUGGCGGAGCACAACCACGGCCACUUCUUAAUCGUGGCCUCGCAGACCGGGUACGUGGCGACGGCCGGCCUGACGGACUACUCGGCCACCAAGGCUGCCGCCAUCGCCAUCUACGAGGGCCUACAUUCCGAGAUGAGGAACCUGAACCGGGCGCCGGCCGUGCGCGUGUCCUGCGUCUCGCCCAGCGCCGUCGACACCAAGAUGUUCUCCGGCAUCAAGCUGAACGGCGGCAUGAAGUCGCUCACGCCCGAGGAGCUGGGUGAUGCCAUCGUCGACGUGCUACGCAGCGGCAAGGCGCAGCAUAUCCUCGUGCCGAGGAGCGCGUACCUCGCCACGCCGACGAGGAUGUUGCCUGACUGGUUGCGCGUGGUGAUGCAGGAUGGCGCCAUCGGCGUGUUUACUAAUCUAAAGCCGCAUAAUCCCAUGGCGGAUUCGUGA